UGAGACUCCUUUGCUCUUCCUGUACAAAUCCAUUCUCCUGGCCCUGUCGAGGAAAUCAGCAUGAGAAGGAGAGAGGAAACAGCAGGGCCCCUGGCUGAGGCACCAGAUGGAAAGGAUCCUGAGGAGGGGAACAUCCGUAACCUGGUGUACCCCAGAGGGGCACGGAAUGGAGCAGGACACCGGCAGAAUGGCUGGCGAAAGUACCGGCGGCCAAGACCUCGUCUCUCCCACAAGGGCCCCAUGCCUUUCUAACACGGGGUUGCUUCUGCCUCCCCCUACCCUCCUGAGGCCCAUCACAGUUGUCCUCUCUGCUUCAUAGACUGGUUUGCUUGUCUUGGAGCCCUGAGUAUGGGAACUUCAACCUGCUGAUGUGUGCAGUCCUCUCCUGAUUGCCAGUUUGCCCAUGUAGCUGUUCUAUCUGGAGUUGUCAGCACCAUGAAACUGCCCCCUACUCCCACCCCCUCUCAAAUGUGAGCUGCUUGAUGGGGCAGGCAUUCCUGUCUCCUCUGAAGAUUCAUUGCCCAGAUAGUGCAGCAGGGGGACAUCUCUCUCUUUCCCCUGCUUCUUGCUGGGGAGGUUCCCUGCCUUGCUCAGACCCCUGCAAGGGAGCACCACCCUAUGAUCCUCUGAUUAUGUAAGCACUUACAGCCUCCUCUUAAAAAGCUGCCCUUGCUUCUGUGCCUUGCUCUUUAGGCUGGCAGAGCCUUGGGUGGAGGAGCCUGCAACUGCAUUGGGGAUGGCUUCAUUGCUGCAGCUCUGAAGGUAGCUCAUAGUAGAGGUGGGGGUUUUGGCUGACAGGAGAAGGCCAUUGAGGCUGAGGAGCAUUUCCAUCAGAUGGAGAAACCCCUUAUGGGUUCCAAGGAAUGGCUUUUUGUUCCAUCCUGACUGAGCUGUACACACUUGUCUAAAUGUGCUGUCAAGUAACUUCAGCUUGUUGGGUCUAUUUAUUCUUAUGGUGCUACGCCAGCACCAGUGUCAUUGAAAGCCACCUCCCCCUCUUUUCCCCUUCUCCCUCCCCCCACCUCAGGUUAGAGAACAAGUCAGGGUUUGGUGUCAGAGACCGAGUGGGAGGAGCAAGCAGUCAGGUCAGUGGUUUGCACCGACUCUUCUGGGUCACUGGAGACAGGGCUGUGAUGAGCCCUAUGCAGUGACCAGGCUGUGGAGUACUCUAGACUCCUUGGGGUACAGCCUCACAGAGCUUGGAGUGUUUUCCCACUGCCAUGUGGCUCUGCCUGUGCUGUGUGAUCAUAAGGUCCCUAUGGAGAGAUACUGUAUGUGAUGGGAGGGAGUGAAGGAUUAGUCCCUUUAAAAGGGGCCUUCCUCUGGGCACUGCACCAGAGCAUAGGAAGCUUUGCAUCCUUGUCACUUGGGAUUCCAGGACCCUGCCUUGUGCUGCUGCAGUAUGAUGCUGGCCCUGGAACCCUUGUCCCUGCACAAGGGGUGGAACAAGGUUUCUCAAGGGAGAGGAGAUCUGGAGUGGACACUGGCUAAUCCAGCAAGGAGCUUGCUGCCCCGACUUCCUUGUUUAGGAGUGUCUUCCCCUUUGGGAUCUCAGUUCCAAUCACUCUGAAGUCACUCAAGGGCCAUGGAACUGAGUGAGUGAGAGUGGCAUGGCCCAGUGGAGCCAUGGGUAUGCCAAGCAGGGAAAAAGCUGGCUCUUGAGUAAUGUUUCAGGUGGCUGUCAAUGAUUCUUUGUAUAAUACUAAUUUAUACCAAGUGGGAAUGCCUUACUCUGUACAACUGUUCCCUGUUGGUAACUGUCUUCUGUGUCUGUAAAGAUUGUUCUGUGUAAAUACAUCUUUAUAAUAAAGAAUUAUGAUGUCAGUAAGCCCUUAUUUCUGGAGGUGCAGACAAUAUUUAUUUCU